UUCGUGAAGCCUUUGAUUUGAGCUAAAGGUUUAUACUAAAUACCUUGGCUCAACCAUACUGUUUGACAUCAUUGAGAAGAAGGUGGGAGCGGUAGCAUAGCUUCUCUCGGUUCAGAGUGCUGCCUCUAGACCUGGAACGGGUCGCCUGAUUUCGAGUUAGUCGAGGACUGGUUAUUCAAGGCAGCAAGAUGAGAGUGAUUUUGUCGUUGACGCUUCUGAGCUGCCUUUUGGCAGGAAGCCUCUCACAAGAAGAUCCAUGUGAUGUCAAGUUUCUUGUCACGGCCCCCAAGAUCAUGCUUGCCGGGACCACAGAGAAGAUCUGCGUGGAUCUACCCAGCGGCUCCGAGAUUGAACUCGCUGUCACGCUUGAGGAAGACAACUACUCCUGGCUUCGGAUAGACAAUGACAUUCUGGCUGAAGUGAUUUACCAAAUGAAUUCAGAGCGGGAGUGCUUUGAAUUUGAGGUGCCUAUGGUCCGUGAAAAUAGGCAACGAUGCAAGCUAAUUGUGGAUGUCAGAAGCAUGCCAGACUCCGAAGAAUCAUGUAACCGCUCCAAGUCUGUGAUGGUCAACAAUGAUAAUUUACAAACUCUUAUUCAAACUGACAAGCCCAUCUACAAGCCUGGCCAACCAGUCAAAUUCAGGAUGAUGUCCGUAGAUAAGGAUUUUAAGCCAUCCAAUGCAACAGUGCCAUUGAUCUACAUAGAAACCCCGAAUGACAUUAGGCUUGCCCAGUGGGUGGAUGUUCAACCCAAUAGGGGUUUGGUAGACCUGGAGUUUCCUAUGACCUCUGAACCCCUGCUCGGCGAUUGGACGAUUAAGGUGGAGUUUGAAGAUCGGAAGGCGGAGAGAACCUUCAAAGUCGAGGAGUACGUGCUCCCCAAAUUUGAGAUCACAGUUGAAUCACAGCCUUCUUACAUCUUGCUCACCGACACCUCCAUUGAUGUCAAAAUCUGUGCGCGAUAUACCUAUGGCCAACCAGUGCAAGGAAACAUGAUGAUAAAAGCCGAGGUCUCCAGCUAUCGCAACAGCAGACCAAUCUCCCUUUACGAGGAGGAGACUGGCAGUGAUGGCUGUACCACACUUGCUGUAGACCUAACUGUAUUUGAGUUGAGAUCAAAUAGACACUCCACAUGGAAUGCCAAGCUCAAAAUCAAAGUUGAUGUAUCAGAUGCUGUCACAGGUGAAUCUUUGAGUCACACUGCUGAUGUUGCUAAAGUGAGUAAUGAUGCAUUAUCAAUCCGUGUGAACACGCCCUCUACAUUCAAACCUGGAGUACCCUUCUACGGCACUGUUAAUGUGAACUACCCUGAUGGGACGCCGGCGGGAGACAAAUUCAUCAUGCUCAGCGUGAAAGCUCAAGAGACCGGAAACUAUCGCUACAGACCCAUCUUUUCUGAGAAUUUUACCAGCCCUGCCAGUGGAGUCAUUGAAUUCACCAUCCCGGAUAUCAACAUCAAUACCACAAGCUUGUCAAUCAAUGCCGAGGCACCUGGCUAUAGUGACCGAGACAGCGCCAACAAUACCCAGUACUUAAUCUACAACCCUUACGAUAUCGCGGGCCUCAGUGCGCAGUACUCACCGAGCGGCAGCUUCAUCCAGAUUGAGCCAAUCAGAGGGAAGCUCGUUCCAGGAUCAACGCAGAACCUGAACAUUUUCUUCACAACCGACACGGCCGAGGCAGAGAACUUGCCAUUUCAGUUUGUGUUCAUGUCGCUAGGUGACCUACUAGAUGUCCCUGUCUCAGAAGCCUUAUCAAGGAGGAGGAGACAAGUGAAUGGAGAAGGGGAAGGAAACGGUAAGGAAACGAGUAUCUCUUUCCUGCUUGUUUUGCUUGGCCAGGGUCCCAUAAAGGCCACCGCACACCUUAAGACUGUCCGCGAUCAGAUUUGGAACAAAUCGCAAUUUGCUCAUUUUCUGAAAAUGUGA